GGUGACAGUCGCUCGUGAAAAGUACGCGGUCAUCUGACGGGGUUGCCAGGCCAGCGGAUAGCUCUAGUUCAGGAAACCAACAGCUACCGACGAACGACAUGGCCACCGAGGGCGGUCCAGCACCGGAUGCUGCUGCAGGUGCAGGUUCCGAUGGAAUCGUCGGAGGUCCCAGGACGCCUCAGCAGAUCGCCUCGCAGAAACGACUGCAAGCGACGCAGGCGCAGGUAGACGAGGUCGUCGACAUCAUGAAAACGAACGUCGAAAAGGUCUUGGAGCGUGAUCAGAAGCUCUCCGAGCUCGAUGAUCGAGCGGACGCGCUUCAGCAAGGAGCGUCACAGUUCGAACAGCAAGCAGGAAAAUUGAAGAGGAAGUUCUGGCUACAAAAUUUGAAGAUGAUGAUCAUCAUAGGCGUCAUCGGACUAAUCAUAUUGGCCAUCAUUGUUGCGAAAUUCAUGCCAGAAUCGGCACCACCGCCACCGCCCUACGCUUAUCCACCACCAGGUGUACCGGGCCAGGUACCAGGUGCUGUUCAACCCGCUGCUCCAGCCCCUGCAUCAGCUGGUGCAUCGGGAGGAGCCGGAGGUGCAAGCGGACCGCAAACGGCCGGCGCAGCGUUCGUAGGCACUCACAACGUGAUGUAAAAAACAAGCAAAACAAAGAAACACCUCUCCGUUACCGUACCGCAAUAACAACUUUUUCCAAAAAAAAAAAAAAGAAAAAAAAGAUAACAAAGCUAAAUACCUUAAGAGGCGAGCAACGCGAGAUCUGUUGUGGCGUGAACGAAAGAGAGAAGAAGAGAAAGAGAAGUCGUACAGGUUUGUCUUCGAUGUUAGAGUGACAGUAAUUGACAAGGUCGGUGAAAUAAACGUUUGAUCGAGGAACGAACAGCUAACGCGUUAACUGCCGCGAUGCAAUCCAGAUAGAGAAAAAAAAGAAAAAGAAUAAAAAAAAAGUAUAUAAUUCCCGCUAAUGGCGUUCUCUCCGUUUCGAUCGAGCAAAGAAAGAAAAAAGGAAUACGCCGACUUUCCUUUUAUCCGCGCCGCGUUUCGUGAAAAACCGCGAAGCCCGAAAUGUGGGGGUGGGAAGAAUUAACGGGCGCACGCUAGUUCCUCUGUGCAGUUAAUGUGUUUGAGUAAAAUUGUGAUGAAAAUGUACUCUGCAUAUUCGCCAGUUCCGUGAAAUUAGCUUCUAGGGAGACAGUCUUGUCCUUAUCGAUACUAUUUCACUUCCGUUCUCCGGAGAGCGGUGAGCACUCGUAGAGAUCGAAAUAGGGAAGGGAAGAGUUGGUCGAGCCUCCAGAACGUUUAUUUCGUGAACAGAUACAGAUCUCCUAUACGUUAGGGAAUAGAACUUUCAUUUGUGUGUAAUCGUUGUCGUCGUCGAUCUCGACUAACUUGAUAACAAUGAAAAUUCUCGAUUCGCAAAAUUCCUUCGUAAUUCUCAUCCUUGGCGAAGGUGUUACCGUUACGAAGGAAUAACAGAACGAGUUAGAAAUCACAGGGAAGAACGCUGUCCGCGUUUGUUCGCGCGGUCGAAGAACAUGUGUAUCUACGUAUAUACGUGUAUAUGUACAUAAAUUAUUACGAAUUGUCGAUGUAAGAUUGAACUAUACAUAUAUACAUACGUAUAAAUAUAUAAAUAACAUGACUUAUAAAUACGUAGUAGGUAUUGCUACGAGUAAAUACAAGGAAGAAACCGUCAGAGAGAAAAAGAGUGAGAGAAAGAGAGGGAGAGAGAGAGAGAGAGAGAGAGAGAGAGAGAGAGAUUGUUAGCGUAAAACUUUCUUAUUCUUCACUUUAGCGGUUCACGCGGAAGGAUUAAGUGAUGGUUGUCCUAUAACAAGAUAAAAAAAAUAGAAAUCGACAAGUAUAUUGGGAAGGAUAAUUUCUUUUUCAGGGUCUGUUUAGGCGAUCCUACUUUUGCGAACCAUAUUUUUAUGAAUUCGACAUCUGUAAGUUUUAGGCUCUUACUCUGUAGCUGAGAUUCGGCACCGUUCUUUAUAUUAACAUGAUCUUUUUCUCCGUGACACACACCUACAUUUCAGCACUCUACUUUCUCUAUAAGUUCCAACACUAGGAUAUUAACGAAGGGAGAAAAGUAUCGAGUUUUGGCCAACGAAUGCUCCCUCUUUCCGAUGGAACAACUCAUACUUCAUUGUGUACAUUUGCAUCGUUCGACGAGAAAAGAUACUGCUGUUAUUUGUUUCUUGUUUCUUUUUCUCGCUUAAGAGCAACAGAUCGAAUUAACGAUCCUUCGGACUAUUUGUACGUCCACUGUGAAACGAUAAGCUACGAUCGAAAGAGGAAGCAUUUGCGGCUAGAGAUUUGAUUAAUUAUUCCGAUUAUUUCUGUAUGUGAAACAGCACCUAACGAAACUGCUCACCGUGUUUUAGCUACAAAAUCUAUACAUACGAAUCCUUCGAUUACGGAUCAGUACCGCGAUAGAUUUGAUUCUUUUUUUCCGUCUAACUAAAAAUUCCUCCAUAUUCUUCUCUUUG